AGGAUCCAAUUAAGAGGGAGCCUAAAAUUGGAUUGUAGUCCAAGACCUGUAACAUUCAUAAGGAAAGAGCUGUUCUUAGCCCAGACAGGAGGGGACCGGGACCGCUACCGCUGCGGGAGGCGCUGGUGCAGAGCGGAGCAAGGGGUUCUUGCGGCUGGAGAUGGAGACGGGCGAGCUGUUUGGUAGGAAUAUAGAAGAACACCCCGAGCCCAUAAAAGCUGAGGUGCAAGGUCAUUUGCCCACUUGGUUGCAAGGGAUACUUCUCCGAAAUGGCCCAGGGAUGCACACAAUAGGAGACACCACCUAUAACCACUGGUUUGAUGGCUUGGCUCUGCUGCACAGUUUUACAUUUAAAAAUGGUGAAGUUUACUACAGAAGUAAGUAUCUCCGAAGUGACACCUACAACUGCAACGUAGAAGCAAACCGAAUCGUGGUGUCUGAGUUUGGAACUAUGGCUUAUCCAGAUCCCUGCAAAAAUAUAUUUGCCAAGGCAUUCUCCUACUUGUCUCACACCAUUCCUGAGUUCACAGACAACUGCCUGAUCAACAUUAUGAAAACUGGGGAUGAUUUUUAUGCCACCAGUGAGACUAACUUCAUCAGGAAAAUCGAUCCACAGACUCUGGAGACGUUAGAUAAGGUUGACUACAGCAAAUACACAGCUGUAAAUAUGGCAACUUCUCACCCACACUAUGACAGUGCUGGAAAUAUUCUCAACAUGGGCACUUCAAUAGUUGACAAAGGGAGGACAAAAUACGUUCUAUUUAAGAUUCCUUCCUCUGUGCCAGAAAAAGAAAAGAAGAAAUCUCACUUUAGCCAUGUGGAAGUGGUGUGCUCCAUCCCUUCUCGCUCUCUGCUCCACCCAAGCUACUACCAUAGCUUUGGAAUGACAGAAAAUUACAUUAUCUUCGUUGAGCAGCCAUUCAGACUGGAUAUUGUCAAAAUGGCAACUGCUUACAUCCGAGGUGUGAACUGGGCUUCCUGCCUUUCCUAUCAUAAGGAAGAUAAGACAUGGUUUCAUUUUGUAGACAGGAAGACUAAAAAAGAAAUAUCCACCAAGUUUUACACUGAUGCUAUGGUGCUUUUUCACCACAUCAAUGCUUAUGAAGAGGAUGGCCACAUUGUUUUUGAUCUCAUUGCCUAUACAGACAACAGCUUGUAUGAUAUGUUCUAUUUAAAAAACCUAAACAAGUACCUUGAGGAGAACGACAAACUCUCCUCUGUACCAACCUGCAAACGAUUCGUUGUUCCUCUGCAGCAUGACAAGGAUGCCGAAGUAGGUUCUAAUUUAGUCACACUUCCAUCAACUGCAACUGCAGUCAAAGAGAAAGAUGGCAGCAUCUAUUGCCAGCCUGAAGUACUGUGUCAAGGGAUAGAACUGCCUCGCAUCAACUAUGACUACAAUGGCAAAAAUUACAAGUAUGUCUUUGCAACGAGGGUCCAGUGGAACCCAGUUCCUGCAGAGAUUGUAAAAUUGAAUAUGGAGACAAAGGAAACACUCCAGUGGGGAGAGGACCACUGCUGGCCAUCUGAGCCUGUUUUCGUUCCCAGCCCUGAUGCAAAAGAAGAAGAUGAUGGUGUUAUUCUAAGCUGUGUUGUGAUGACUGAUCCAAAGAAAGCUCCCUUCCUGCUUAUCUUGGAUGCUAAAACGUUCAAAGAAUUGGGCCGAGCCAUGGUAAACAUAGAAAUGCACCUGGACCUGCAUGGAAUAUUUAUACCAGAGAAAGAUUUGAAGACUGAGACUGAGUAAAGUGCUGUUUAAUCCUAUUACACAGACUGAGACACCCUUCUGCUGAAUGUGGGAUAGCAUCAUUCAGGAACAACCUUACUUUAUGGCACCAAAUAACUAAAUAGAAUCUCUUCAGUGACUGUAUAGAAUCUCUUAUGAGAUAGCAAUAGUUUUUAUUAAACACAAUGAUAUGCAUAACUGGUACACAACUAUUCCAGGAGAAGAGUGAGCAGUAUUACGGGCUAAUGCUGUAUACAACUCAUGGGGCAGGGAACAGGAGACCAAGGCACCAAGAAGUGGUUUAAUUGCAUAGAAUACAGCUUUCUGAGCAAAUGAAGUACUGUAUUUAUAGGGUGGUGCAUGGUGUGAGUCACAUGUGUCUGCAGGUCAUGGACUGUUUCAAGACUGCAACUCAUGGUGCAAGAUUCCUGCUGCCAGAAAACCUCACAGUAAUCUGCAGUGAUCCUAAUAAUUUAUGGUAAUGCAGUUUCUUGGUGCUCAAUUUUUUCAAGUCCACCAUAACCAAAGUAUUACAUUGAGGUGCUACAACUUUCUAAUUUAGACCCUAAAGAAGCCUGCUUUGCUCCCAAUUUCAUGGUGCACUUUUCCCUUUUGACAAAACCAAGUAACUUGAAAUAGAAUAUAUUGGUUUGUGUAGCAUUCAAUUAUACUUUAGUGCUAUCCAAUCUUACACUUAAACAAAUUUUCCUUGUGGAGAGUAUCUGACAUUUCAUGUAACAAGAUGAUUACAUUGUGUUAAAGAUAAGCAGAAAUGUAGUGCUUAUUAAUAAUGCUACUAGUCUCUGCUAAUAAGAGUAGGUAUCUGGAUGAGGAGAGCAGUGCAUGUCUAGCAGAACUCACUUGUUCAGCAGCUGUUUAGCAAAAGGCCUGAUUUAGGCCUCAUCUGAACUACACUAGCUGAAACUACACACUCUUGUUGCUAUAGCUGAGCAUGUGCCUUACUGGCUGCUUAAGAGAAUCCAUGUUCUGACAUGGGUUUAUCAUUGCCUGUAGCAGAUGCUUCGCAUCAAAGCACACAGCUGUCAUUGAGAGUUACAAUUGAAAAGCACUUUUCAAGUGCAAAUGCCAACUAUCCUGUGACUGGGUUUGCUACAGGAAUGACAUUUCCUGAUCCCCUGACUGUGUUUCUCAUUUUUAUUGUUUGGGGCUCUGAUUUUUCUUUAAUUAAGAGCCUUUUCCCUUUUGAAUUGGAUUUCCCUGUUGUAGCUCACUUUACUCUCGGAGGCAUCUUUACUAGUGGAGAAAACUCCACCUCCAUCUAUUUCAGGCAUUCACCGUUCUGUACAUACCAUCAGACCACUCCGGUAUCUCUCACCCUUUUAUAUACACACUCUCAGUGUCGCUGCUGCUCACUGUGUUUGGCAGGUAGGAACCAGGACGAAAUCACUGUCAUUUACUAUCUCCCCAUCACAGGAGAAUCAGGACUCUGGUGGCUGGUUCACGGUUACAUAAGAUGUUUACGGCAGAGCAGGAAUCGAACCAACAUCGUCCACAGUUCUGAUUGCUCUGUGACAUCUCUGUCUCCCUCUCUAUGCUUAAGCCUUUGCACUUUGUAAGCAUAAAGAUUAUACAGGCUAGUUUAGGCUAGUUUUAGUGUAAAAUGCUCAGAUCUGGAGUUCAAAUAAGCAGAUUUGGACAUUCAAAUGUUUAUAUAUUCCUUAGAAUAGAAAUAAACACUUCAGUAAAGUGUGUCUGCAGAAAUAAGUCAUCUUUAGUGCCUUCAAGGCCCAUGACCACUACUGUUUAAUAGAACUUUCAUCUCCUAAAGAAAAAAAAAUCAUUCAACAUUUUUAUAAGGAAUACAAAUCUGGAAUGGAAGACUAACUUCUGAUGUUGGCAAAGGACACCAAGUGUGAGGUAGUUUCAUGUGAAAGAGUUUGGAUUUGACAAUGUUCUACAAACCUCUCUGGAAUUAUAAGGCAGCAAUGAAUCAAAAGUCUAACCAUUGCUACAGAUCUCCUUUUCAGAGCUCAUCUCCAGAAUUUCUUCUGUGGAAUUCAUAAUGUUUUUGCAUGAUCAUGAGUUUGGAUACAGGAGUUACUUGACUUCUGAGGAGCUAAUUGGUACUGGCAGAGAUGAUGUGAUAGGGAAAUAUUAAUAAUAAAACCAAAUCAGAAUUGUUAUCUGCAGUCCAAGAAAUCAAAUAUGUUAUUUAUGUUCAUGUAUGCUGCAGAAAAUAAAUGACACAAACCUGUCUUGGA